UAAAACAAAGUUGUUUUCUUUCUCCUUUUUUACCCAGCAGUAACCAAAAUCUUAUACAGAGAGGAAGUAUUAGGUAAUCAGUGAUGUACUAUGAUCAUUUUUACCUUGAGAUUGAAAAGGCAACAGAAAAGUUGAAAGUGUUUGAUUAAUGAAGUUUAAGCAAGUUUCUAAAAAACUAAAUUGCUCAAAUGGCAGAUUUGUGAAUCUGGGGUUUCUUUUAAUUCAAAUAGUGUAAUAAAGGCUCGUGAUCAAGAAAGACUUUGACAUCUACAAGAGAGACUAACUUCUAGACUUAAUAAAAUUGCUCUGGGCAGCCACUGCAGGCUCCAGCCUUGCUGUGGGGGGUUAUGCUACGUCUGGCCCACGGGGCCCUAGCUCGCAUUGGGAGCCGAAUCCUAGAGGGGGACAACAUGCCAACUGCCAAGAAACUAGCUAACAUUGGCUACAAGACCUUCUCCUCCCCCAUGAUGCUUCUCACUGUGUAUGGGGACUACCUCUGCAGUGCCCGAGCCUACCACUAUUUCCAGCCGCCCAGCUCCCAGUGCCAAGCUGCAGAAGAACAGAACACCUCGGGAGUCUUGUAGAAAUGGGGGGCUUUUUUCCUUGAGCAGAGACGCCUGAGGCAUGCUGUGGAAGGACCUCACCUGUAGUCAUUUCUGAGUCAAGAGGACCAGGGCUUUAAUGGUUUUCGAAUCCUGCUGGGAAAAUGUGCCCAUGUUUUCUCUGGUACAGCCAGUUUGGAGAGGCUAUCGAAUCACAACAGGAAUAGGAGGGUGAGGCACACUUACAGACAUUAAAUAUUUUGCCAAAAAAAAAAAAAAAAAAGAGCUUCAAACCAGAAAGAGUGCAUUUAUGGGAAAUAGUGCUUAUUUAUGAAAUAUGUUUCUUAAAAUUCAAGUCACAUCAUCGAUGCAUGUUUUUUUUCUAAUUUUUUUCUUCCCCAAAGCAAAAAAAAAGCAAGAAUAAGUGUUGGGUUCUUCAGAUGAUUGUGAUUUAUUAUUCCCUUUUGUUAUCCCCCUUUGUAUAAGUUAAUGAGACAAAUUAUAAUGAAAUCAAAGUGUUUUUUAACAGUUUCUAAACCUAAAGCAGAAUAUUACUUUUGCCUUAACAAAGGUUGAGAGGAGACUAAAUCUAAGAAACUAGAAAAAAGGUUAAAAAAAAAAAGUGGGGGGGAGGAAUAAAUAGAAGUUAAAAAUAAUGAAUCAAUAUGUGAGAUAUUUGGAGCCAAAAAGCAAUGACACAAAAUGGAUGAGAUUUAAAAUAAAAGAGCCAGAAGCCAAUAAGCUUUUGAAAAUAAAUGCAAAGAUUAAUAUUUAAUAAAAGUAAAAAUUUAAUAGUAUCAGAGUUGUGCUCACAUAUUUAUGUACAAAUACGCCCAUCAAUGCUAUGUAUAAAAGCAGUAGGUUGUCCAACAAUAAGAAAAUAAUUGCAAUGCUUAUAUAAAAAGGAAAAAUGUAUAAGUAUUAAAAGUCAUCUUUUUGAAGAUUAUUGAAAGACAUUGCAAAAUGUUCAUAAUAAAAAUAAUAUUAAGUUUAACAAAGUGUAUAUACACUGGUUCCAAUUUUUUAAAUUAUAAAAUAGAUAUGUGUUUUCUCAAAAUGCUAAACACAGUUACCAUAUGACUCAGCAAUUUCACACCUAGGUAUUU